UCUCCGUCAAUAAAAGCUUGAAUGCUUUUUACAGACGAUGUUCAAUGUAUAAAGUUCAACUUUUAAACGGUUAUCAUCGCGAUAAAGGUUAAUGCGGGGCAGGUCAUUCAGUGAUUGUUGCAGUGGUUAUAUUGACUUCUCAAAGCUCUAAAUCUUCAGGCUAGGGUUCCAGAUAUGGACAUUAACUGGUCGGACGUCAACUUGUGGGUUUCCUUGGCAACUAUAACGUUCAACCCUCUGUUUUGGAAUGUGGUUGCGCGCUGGGAAUACAGAAGUAAAGCCUUGUCUAAUUUAUUUCGUAAUCGACGUCUGGCAUGUGUACUUCUAGGCAUUACGAUAUUCUUGCUAGGAUUAUUCCGAGACCUAAGAUUCAAGGCAGCUCUAGAUUCACAGCCCAGAUGGUAUGCUCUACAUGAGAACUGGAUACUGUGGCCUGGGUACGGCUGUAUGGCAGUAGGGACUGUGUUUGUACUGACCAGCUACUACAGGCUGGGCUUCUUUGGAACAUUCCUUGGAGAUUAUUUCGGCAUUCUGAUGGAUGAGAAAGUAACCAGUUUUCCCUUCAGUGUUUUAGAGAACCCCAUGUAUUGGGGAUCAUUGCUGAAUUUUGUGGGAGGAGCGUUAGUAAAAGCUAGCCAAGCUGGCCUGGUACUCAGUAUAUGGGUGGCCGUUUGUUAUAAAGUUGCCAUACAGUUUGAAGGGCCCUUUACAGCCAAGAUUUAUGAAGAUCGAGAUCAGAAGAUGAGAUUUAACAAAAUGGCGUAAACUACCCUGUUGUUUUAUACAUGAGUUUUAAGUAAUAUCAUAUGCUAGCUCUCGGUUAGAAAUAUACGGAACUUGCAAAAUAGAAGAAAUCAGGGCAUUGGACAUUAAGGGAAAAUAUGGGACUUUGGCCAAAUAAAAAGUGAAUGUAAAAUUUUAAAGGAAAUAUUAGAGUAUUUGUGUUUAAUCUUAGUCUAACAGUGUGGCUAUAAGUGGGAGAAUGGUGGACAUUAUCUACAAGCACUGCGACCGGCGUGUAUAGACACAUCUUUUUUUUAACACCAUCAAUUAUUUAUAGAUGCUAUUUUAAAGGGACUUGUUCACAGAUUGUCUUCGUGAUGAUCUAUUUACUAAGAAAUUUACAUAUUUUGUUUGCUUUGCGAGAUAUUUUUGCUGUUUUCAACAGUAUUUUAGUCAUAGCACUGUAGUAAUUUAUCUACAUGUACUUUAACAUUUUCUUGGCAUUAUAAUUGCUUAUUAAUUACACAUACUAAUGCCAGCAACAGACACUUGUCCUAUUCAAGUAAGAGGAAGGAGAAAAUUGACUUUAAAAAGGAAGGAAAAUAACCCAUCGGUAUUGUUUCAGAUUUUGCUAAGAGAAUGACUUUAAAAGGAAAGGAAAAUAAUCCAUCAGUAGUAUAUACGGUUUUGCUAAGAGAAUGACGUUAAAAAGGAAGUUUAAUAAAAAAAUGCAAUUGUUUUCUUACAGUAUUCAAGAAGGCAAGUUUAACACUACUUAUGGGUUAUUCAGGCUUUAGUGAUAAUGUUAAAUGCUAUGUCAUUAAUACACUCAUUUUCUUAUUACCAAUGAAAAGCUUACCAAAAAUCUAUUAAUUGAUCUGUGAACAAGUCCCUUUAAAAUAAUGAUACUUUUGAGUUAUCGUUUUGCUAUUGCCAUUAAGUGCUCUAACACACGUUUGUACAUCUACCCCGGUAGAUGUAUAUUCUUGUUUAGACAUUUUAUUUUUAUGAUCAGUUUUAUUGUUUAUUAUAACGUUAAUAUAAAGAGUUUUGUUUGAUAAUGGAUUUAGGCUCUUUUACUGGUUUAUUAAAUAAAACAACUGACAAAAAAGUAUA